AUGGAAUUAAAACGCACGCUUGCUGAGCUAUUAGACGAAGACCAGAUUGUGGACGAAGUAGAGGGGUCUGGAGUGCAAGAGGAGCCUCAGGUGGAAGAAGAUACUGUGAAUCCAGAUUUCUGUAUUGAUUGUAAGCACAUAGCAACGGAAAUCCAGUGUUUGGACUGCAAUGAGCCUUUCUGUCGAGUGUGUUUCCAAUUCGUCCACCGAGGGGGUACCAGAAAACGGCACAGAUUCAAGGAGCUGGUCACACUGAAGCCAGAACCUGUUGCAGAGGCGGAGCCUAUUGACAACACGCCCGAAGAGGUUUUGGACGAGGAAGAGAAAACCGAGCAAAUAGAAAAAACCAUUUUAAGGGGCAUUCGUCGGAACGUCCGUUUCAUUCCUCUUCGUCUUUCUUACGAAGAGAGACAGCUUUUGAGGUUGCUGGAAGCCACCCUCAGCGUUUCGGAAUACACGGACAGAGUGGAUAUUCUGUCUUAUCGAUCAAGAACCAAGCGGAUAGUCGAACAGCUGAGAGAGAUCUGCUCGAUUUUGGCCGGUUUGGUGGUCUCAUCCAACAUGAAAGUUGGUCAGAAACUAAUUCAGGAUAAGACUUUUUCGGAUAAUCAGGAGUGGUAUAAAACAGUUUUUGAAAUUGGAAGACGAUACAAGAUCAUGAACCCAGAGCGGAUGAGAGACACCUUUGGCAAACUUUGUUAUGUGGUAAUGGACUCCAUGCUGCCGGAAGUUCGGGAGCACAUGGAGUUUGAUCUUUAUGCGCCAAUAAAGACUGUUUUGGGUCUAAUCGAGUCGAAAAAGGACAAGUCUGCUAUCAAGAUGUUUGACGACCCGCUGAUAAUUUCUGCCACAGCCGAAAUAAGACCCGAAAAAAAGACCAGGUCAGUAAUCAACCGGCAGAUCAAGCAAAAGGAGUCUGCCAUUGAGCGACUUUCGUCCAGAUACUCGUCUCCCGACGGUCUCACCAAAGAGGAGGUCCUUAGAAUUCUCUACUCCAUCGGAGACUUCAACGCCUACACUAAUAAAAACCGACUCCCGGUGCUGAGGAUGAUUAAGCGGCUCGAUGACUUUUUCAAGAGCUCGGGCACCACAAAGUAUUCACUAGGAAUCAGAUACGGCCAUGCAGGAGCCAGACUCACUCACAGCCAUGAGAAGCAGUAUUUGUAUGUGAAACAGGCGCUGGAGCUGUGGUCUCACGUGAUGCGCGAUAUGAUUGAGCUCUGGGCAGCAGCAGAUGACGAUCUGUUCAACGGCCAGCAGUAUCAACUCACAAACACAGGACAAGGACUUAACAGAGUCAAGGCUUGUCCUGUGUUGUACAAAAAGAUGUACAACCUACUUUACGAGGUGCAACGGUUGUUUGACUACUGGGUUGGUACUCCUGUGAUCCAUCUUGGUGACGACGCUGUCCCAAACGCGCUGUUCUUCUUGGACAAGUACAUCCAGAUCCCCUCGAUUUUGAUCCCUAUCGACCGGUGUAUCGAGGAAAUUGACGUUCUUGCCCAGGACCCGCAUCUAGAACAGUAUUUCUGCUCGCAGUUUGAGACCGUGGAAGACCUGAAAAAGACGAUUUUGUGCGACUAUUUCAAACACGGAUUCGACGGGUCCGGAGCAGACAAUUUCUACUUUGCUGGUUCCUGCGUCGACGCUGUGUCGACCUCGAGCUGCGAGUUCUGCAACAACAUCUGGAAAAAAGACUAUUAUAAAGUGUUCUUGCUCACAGGUUUCACCAACUUCAACGGUGAGGGUUAUUAGCUAAGAUAUUAUGUACAGAU